AGAGAAGCCGGCUUCCAUUGCAUGAAGGACUUCCGGUUUUUGGAGCUCAAGUCGGCGGCGGUGUGAAGGCACGGCAAUGGGCGUGUCAGAGUUUAACACAACCAAAGAUUCUCUUUAAAAACCAAAGCGCUCUGCAUAUAACUUGUAAAGGAAUCACUGUGAACAGCGUGACGCGUCAGCGCCAGCUCUGCACCAGCCGGGUCCAGUGGAGCCGCAGAUGAAGAGCUGAGGAACUGGGGAUUUAACUGGCAGCUGGUACACCACUAAGAGAGGAGAGAGAGGCGGCUGGGCAGUGGGGUCGACUAUCCUAGCUGGUGCUGGAUGAAUGCUGCCCGGCGAGGACAAGGGCUGAGGCGGGAGCAGCAGCAUCAACUUGAAAAGGAGCAUGGCAUCCACAGGCAUGCAGAUAUUUGGAUUUGUUCUAGCGCUGUUGGGCAUCAUGGGUGCUAUGGUGGCCACUCUGCUGCCCAACUGGAAGGUCAGCGCAGAUGUGGGCUCCAACAUCAUCACAGCGAUUUCCCAGAUGCAGGGUCUAUGGAUGGACUGCACAUGGUACAGCACAGGUAUGUUCAGUUGCACACUUAAGUAUUCUGUGCUUUCACUACCUGCGUACUUACAGACUGCCCGCACCACUAUGGUGCUCUGCUGCGUAAUGGCUGCCAUGGGCCUCUGCCUUGCAUCCCUUGGGCUAAAAUGCACACGAUGGGGAGGUGGACGGCGCUCCAAGCGGCAUGCUGCAAUUGCCAGUGGUGGCUGCUUUGUCGCUGCAGGCUUUCUGUGUCUGGUGCCUGCUUCCUGGUUUACCAACGAGGUCAUCACCAACUUUCUGGACUCCAGUGUGCCCGAGAGCAAUAAGUUUGAGCCCGGGGGUGCUGUGUACGUGGCCUUUGUUUCAGCAGGAUUCCUGUUUGUGGGGGGGUCCAUCUUCUGUAUGUCCUGCUCGGGGAAAAGGCAUGGCCCCCAGGACCUGGUCCUGCUCCCUCCCCCUGACAAAUUGCUGCUCCAGCAGCAACAGCAACAGCUGCUCCAGCAGCAGCAGGAGCUCCAGCACCAGUACUGCUCUCUCUCCCCAUUAGACAAUAAGACUGGCUACAGCCUGCAGGACUAUGUGUAAUAAAGCAGCGAUGUGUACGCUACGGCUAAAGGGAGACAAGCCUGAGGGGAAACUAUCACGGCUAAUGCUACUCACUUGGCUCCCCUCCAGAUGGAGAAAAAAUGAGAGGAGAGCAACAACUUUGAAUUCAUUUUCCCGCCUCCUCCUUCUUGCUCUUCUCCCUUUGUCUGUUUUGCAAGCACAAGCAGUGGAGGUAUUCCCUAAGCAGCACCUGGAACAUACAGUGUGAAUGUGUAAGGACCCGGGAUAAGGUGCUGCAGCAUCGAAGGAAGCCACUAACCAAAUGCAGACAUCCUUCAUCAGUAAAAUCACAGAAUGAGUUCCCUGGGGAUUGGAUUAAGAUAAUAAGGAAGCCUUCAGUGUAGAUUUUUUUCCCCUUGCCAAAGGUGUGAAUUGAAAGAAAAAAAGCAAUCAUUUAGCUGCUAUUUACAAUCGUCUGGUAACCUUUCAAUUGAAAAAUAGGCAAUAUAAUGCCUUAGAAAUCUUUUCAUAGUAAGCCAUUGUAGUUUUUCGUAUACUUAUCCACUGGAAUGCUAUGAGAAAUUGAUUGAAAUAAAUAUUUUUGUUAGCUACUAGAAUGUUGUUGAUAUUUUGCCUCUCAAGCAUGCUGUGUGGAGCCUGCCUGUGUAUUAAUACAGCGGCAUGCCUGAUAGAAGACUGAGACAUAGCCACAAAAUGCCUGUGCCUGAAAAGCUGUAGAAACAUUACCCUGCUGUAACUGUUUAAAGAGGACUGUCAGGAGGAGUAGAUGUGGACUGCUGGGCUGGAUUUAAGACAGAAAAUGCAGACAAACAGUUGUCUGCUUCCCUCUCUGCAGGUGGAAAUGUGGGAGAGAUGGAGAGAAAUUGACAGAAAGAGAUUUAAUAUCUAAGCAGAAUGGAUUAUUUGCUGUGCUGUUUUUUAUAUUUCCAUCAAGACAAAAACAUACUGCAUGUAAGAAGCAGCUACCCAUUUUUAUCCAUCUACCGAUUCCUUCACACCCUCAGACAUGCACACACGCAUACUUACUCGUGCUCUCGUGUCUGUUUGUGUACACAGUAAACACUCAGACACGCCGGCUUUUUGCAUGUGCUUUUCACUCCAUCCAUCCUCCUCCACACUGCCAUGGAAACAGAAUUCAGCAUUCAAAUAUCUGUAUUGUCUGGGGGUAUAUGUGGAUGUCAGUCAGUGAUUUAAAGUUGUUGAGGGGGACAUUUCUUUCUCUAGGCAUGGCGCUAGAAGCUUUAUUCAGGGCCUCUGCUAAUACUACUUUCUCUAAUCCCCUUUAUUAGCAAGUGACAUGAGGCAGCAUCCCUGUUACAUGGUUUGGGAGAAUGCUCUUCUUUGCUGCCCACUGCUAUGGUGUGUAUAUACAAUGCAAGAAGUCUCACAGAAAUAAAUGGAUGUUUAAUGGUGCAGUAGCAGGGAGGCAAAGACGAGGCAGAUAAGGAAAAGCUUCUUGAGUCAUGGUUGAAUGGGUAGCUGUGUGGCAGGCAGCUAAAAAAGGUUUGAGUCAUUCUCCAUAUGUGACUUGUUUUCCAAGUGCGUCAGCAGUGCGCAUAUGCCACCAGUCUGCACCUGCAGAAUGUCUGUGUCUUAAAUUGCAGCCACUUGACUAUGCCACCAUUCCUCUUUUUCCUAACUUCUUUUUUUUCCCUUCACUCCCGCUGUCCGUUUAUUGUCACGUCACAUGGAUGUGAUCGCUGACAAGAGAGAGCUUAUGCAUGUUGAAAGCAUGGGCCCCCCAACCAACACACAAGCACACAUCAAAAAAACUCCCACCUACUCGUGUCAA